AUGCAGUCUGUCACUCGACCUCCACAAAACAACCACAGCGAUACAGCCUUGAACCUCGAUCCCACGAUCUUGUUGCCUCCAGGAUAUUACCAGCAUACUUAUAUGCAGUCUGGCAACAUGAGCGCCCCAGCCGUCCUUUUACCUAGCGAUGAGGUACCUCGCGAUAAUCUUCCUACCGAUAACUCCAACCCUCUGCGUCUGGGUCCCGGCCUCCGAAUCCUUUCACAGCCCUCUUCCAAAGGCUCCGAUCAUGUCUUGACAGCAACACAAGCUGGUAUGCUGUCAAUCGACGCGAAACGAAACGCAGCCUCACUGCUUACCUUCCCGAACCGCCGAUACAUCCCUACUGUCAACGACUUCGUCAUUGCACAAAUCCACCACUCCAGCGCUGACUUCUUCCACUGCGUGAUCACUCCACACACUCCACAUGCGCUUCUGGGCCAGCUGUCCUUUGAGGGCGCCUCUAAGAAGACAAGGCCAAUGCUGAAGCAAGGCGAAAUGGUGUAUGCCCGAGUACAGUCCGUGGGAGUCGGCGCCGGCGCCGAAGUUGAACUCACCUGUGUUAGCGCAGCAACUGGCAAAGCUGAGGGGGGUAUGGGGCCUUUGUCGGGUGGAAUGGUCUUUGAUGUUUCGACCGGUAUGGCGGCCCGCUUGAUUCGGGCGAGCUCCGCUCCUGUUGAAAACACAGACCCGAUCGAAGGGUUGGUUGUUCUCUCUGAGCUUGGGAGGAAGCUGGAGAGCUUGGGUGGGUUUGAGAUUGCUGUCGGCCGCAAUGGCAAGGUGUGGGUGGAUUGCUCCGACGCUGCAGAAGGCGCUGUCAAGGCCACUAUCGCAAUUGGGCGCUGUCUACAGGAAACUGAUCAGCAGAAUCUUCAUGCUCAUGACCAAAAGAAGUUGGUGACGAAAGUCCUACGGGAAUUGAAGCUUGUGUCAUGA